AUGGAUCUAAAUAAAAAAGAAAAUAACCAAGCAGAUGAUGAAAAAGGAGACAUUAAUAAUUUAGAUAUCUCAAAUAAAAUAGUAAAUAAAGAUGAAUUAGAAUCAACAAUAUUGAAAAACGAUAUUGGAGCAAACACAGAAAAUAAUACAAUACUAGAGGAACAAGAUUUUAAAAUUCCACAAACUCCAAAGAAAGUGGAGGAUAAACAAUACUUAAAAUCAAUGAUCUCAACUGUUUUUGAAAGUGAUAAAGAUGACAAUGAAAAAGCUAAUCAAUUAAUGAAUCAACUAUUAAAAAGUAGCACUAAUUUCAAUGAAAAUGAUACUCUCUUUAAUGAAAAUGAUGAUCAUGAUGAUCCAAACAAAAAAAGAAAAUUUUUUAACAAAAUAAAUGUAAAUCAAAAUAAUCAAAAUAAUAAUAAUAAUAUUAAUAAUGGUGAUGAUAACGACGAUGAUCAUGACCAUAAUAAUAACAGAGAAAAAAAGAAACCAAAUACCCUUAAAUAUGAUGAAGAUGAUGAAUUUGAUUCAAUUUUAAUAGAAAAAAAGAAAGAGUCUGAAACUAUAAACAAAAAUAAAAAAAAGGAAAAAUUUAAAUUUUGA